GUUCAUCGUGUCUAAGCCAUGACAGAAACAUACACGACAUAUAAAACCAGCCCCAACCACACCUUAAUGAAUAAAAUAUCCAAUACUCAUCGACUGUGAGCUGGCAAAGAAAAAAUUACUAAUCUGUUAGUUUAUUUAACGUAGAAAGGCCUGUCACCUAAUAUAUAGUUGUUAUGUAUUAUAGGUAGACGGGUGGUAAAAGUAGAGAAAAUGAAAUAAGUCGCAGAUAAACCGCGAUGUGAGCAGGUGUCAUACUCAGAAUGUGUGUCCCGAUAUGAAAUUUGAACCUACUGAUCAACACAACAGAACUGCACCCCCUAAGUUUCUAGUCGACGGUUAAAUCCGUGAUCUAAUUUUAAAUCGAGCUGACUAUAACGUACCAAACGGCUAAACGGAAAUGUAAAUGGUAUAAUCAGCAUUGCAAAACAGCGUCAACACUUUAUUUUUUAUUUUUUUAUUUUUUCAGUCAUGACUCAGGAAAGAAAGCAUAAAGCCAGCAAACAGAACGUCGAAUCUAGGACGGAUACAAUCAUCCCAUUGUUGUGAUAAACUAGAAAUCGCUAGCCUAUUCUCCCCACUCACCCCGCCACUUACUCUUACACACACACACCCACGCAUCCCUCUCGACACACAAACACGCGCGCGCUCCUCUCCCCUUCACACCUCGCAGUUCAGAGAAGCCUAGCGGACAUGCAAUAAUUCUCCACCGUCCUCGCUCACAUCAAACAAGAGGCGUGACAAGAGCCCGCGCCUUGUCUUCUGUCACACACACACACGCACUCUAAGCUCACCUGCCUAGCUGCACCUUCUCGCCAAAGGUGUGUCGCCGGCCUAUCGGGAACGUUUGCUCGAUACCAUUGCCUUUCCGCCUGUGUGUCGCCAUCGGAAGCACAGAUAACUCGGCAUUUGCGGAUAUUGUAGCCUGAACACUUGUUUUACAUCAGCAGCCACGAGCCUGUAGUCUUCACGAACUUUUUAGUCGACGAAAAUCAGUCCGAUUCUUCAAAGAAUGACACUGGCUUUGAGAUCUUUACUUUUCGUCGGAUUUCCUGUCCUCGUGUUCGUGAUGGUGACGGAGGUGACAGGUGCCUGCGACCCAAAUACUGGACCUGCGGGCAGCCUGCGGUGUAUUAGAUCCUCCAUUUACAACAACCAGUCGCAAUAUGCAACCUGUCUCACAAACAGCUACAUUAUGCUCAAGUCGAAGGGUGACCACAGUUGUUUGUACAAUAAUCCUUUCUGCUACUACCAGUGUAUGCUGUACGUAUAUGACAAAGAGAGUGGUAUCGUAUAUCAGGACUGUCAAUGCAAUCCGGAUACUUACCCAAACAAUCCUCUUCCAGCAGAGUGUUACAGUCCAUCCGGCACGGACUGUGGCUGGUACCUGACAUGUUUGGAGAGGAAGCUCAAAUGCUCAGGGGGACUUGACUCUUACGUCAUGGCGUUUUCCCAGAAGUUAUGCGCCCUUGCUGAAGAAAAUGCUGCUGACGUCACACAGACUGGACUAAGAUGGCUGAACGCCACCAGAAAAUGUCUCCAAGUGGAACUUGCGCCAUUGCUGCUUCCUUUCGAAAGUUUUACGUGCGCUAAUGUCAGCACACAUGCAUACCAGAAACAGGCCACGUGCUACUCAAACCCGUAUGUAGGUGAGCCUGGACUAUGCAGCGUCUCGUCUGCUGACUUCUGGAAGAUUUUCUUGGCGACCAAGAACGCCUUGGGCUUGAAGUUUGUGGAAAGCCUUCUGGGACUUUUGAGAACCAAGUCGCAAUGCAGUGGUGGGCUGCCCUUAGACCCCUCCAUGAACGUAAUAAACAUCCGCCUGCAACUUCCCAACCUCUCCCGCCGUAAGCGAGACGUGUCCUCCGUGUCCAAUGCCGUCAACAGCAACGAGAUUUCAGAGGAGACGAACGAGAUUUCAGAGGAGACUCCCGUCGUCAUGGCGAUCAGACGCAAGCGUCACUCUCGUCACGUGCCUGACACGAGAGUUCCACGUGCUGCCACCGACGUCGUGUGGCAAGGGGAAACAAUCCAGCAGCGUGAUUACCACAAGCUGGCCAACGAGGCUUUUCUUUCUAUGAGCAGACUGAUGGGCUGGGACGACCAAGAGGUCAUCGGCUUUGCUUACGCGAAGGAAACGUCGAACAACACCGUCCUCGACAUGUCGCUUCUGUUUGCCGACCGACACGCUUUCAACCUGCAGAUGCACCCAUGGUCUCCCAAAGCGAACAUCCUACAGCUUGUCACCGAAGCUGGACAGGCUUUUAGAGCCAACGGGGCAUACCUAGUUACCGGCAACCAGAAGGCCUUGGUGCUAAAGUUUCAAGCUUGUUCUGACAUUAACUGCCAACAGGUGCUGAUGAGUGUAUGUCCUACCAACGCAGGAUCAGACUGUGGCGACAACAGCGUCAACGGACCAGGUGUGUAGCCCCGAGGUGACACAAAUGUCAAAACACUGAAGAACCUGGUUCAAGGCUAACUUUAACACGCUGUACACAGCUUGCCUCUGACCCAAUAGACAUUGUCAAUUCUGACCUAAUGAAUUGCCAUGGUGACUGAAAUAUUUGUGGUCCUUGUGAAAACAAUAGCAAAUUGUUCAGAGCCAUAAGAAAUUUUUUUUUUUUGAAGAAAGGGAUUGUUGAAUUUAACUUAACAAUUUACGCUUUGCAAGAUUUCAAAAGUCUUCAGUUUUACAAGUCAGACUUAGUUCACACUAUGUGUGUUUUAAUGUGCUGUUUUAGCUGUAAAAUUUGUUUUAAAAGUUAACUACAUCGUCUUUACUGUUACCUGUUUUGAGUAUUUGAUGUUUCUAACAUGAAUUUAGCAUGAAUGUAACUUAUGCAUUUCGAUAAUUCAUGCAUACAAUUGCCAAUGCUUUAUUAUGUUGUUCUGUGUAUCAGUUUAAGUAUUUACAAAUCACACACAUUAAUACUAAGCUCAAACAUCUGCUAAUAAUAAGUUCUGCAUUUAAAAUUAAAUAAAAUUUAGCAAAGGAUGAAAAUUACAUGGCAGAUUGUAAUUAAAAAUAUAAUACUAAAUAUACUGAGAUAUCAUUUACUGAGCAAGUUGUUUGAUGCGAAAGGUAAGAAAUGAGUUGAAUACCAGCAUAGCUUGUUUUUUUUUAAAACUGAUUAUCAUGAAAAAGACAAUUGGAUAAAGGUUUGAUUACACAGUUCAUUAGUUAUGUGCUUUUCAUUGUGUAAACUAAUGUGCUAAAAUUAAGGUUAAAAUAAAUAUUUUGUAUAUAAGAAUAUACUAUUAAUUCAGUUAAUACAGUUAACUGUCACUUUGCCCAUCGCGGUGACGAUCUAUUGUUUGCAUGUAAGCAGGUACAAGCUAUAAGCUUUUAUCCGUGUUACUGAAAACGUUCACAAAAUAUUUUGAUGUAAAAAUUAGUACAUGUUAAGAAAAAUUAAUUUCCUCUAAAACGUUUAGUAAAUAUACAACCAAUGUUUCCUAAAUGCUACUUUAAUAUUUUAAGGCAAACAGUGAUUCACAUUUCAAACUGUUAUUGAAAUGUUUUAAGUCAAAGGGUAUUAUAUUUAUGCUGUAUUGAUUAAUUAUCAUUGUUAAAUUUGUAUUAUGUAAAAUCAUAUUUAUAUUUAUCAUAGCAGAAAUAAAAACUGAACAGUGGUA